AUGGACACAAGGAAACAGAUGCGCAUUGAUGAUUUCUACUCUGGCUUCUCCCAAGAGGAAGAGCGCAAGCUAUUUGAGCAAGUUCUCUUGGAGUUUCAGGCCGACAACAAUCUUCCGGAUACGUUUAUUGAGCGUAAAUCUACCUACCGUCUUCUACACUUAGCACACAGCAUGGCGAUUGACGUUGACCCGCUGCCAAGUCGCCAGACACUGGGAGGGAAAGCACUGGGUCGCUACGCAGUAGCUUGUGAAGUACGACAUUGCGGCUCUAAUGGAAUGUCAGCAAAAACAUGGAGGCCUUGUUUAUAUUCUCUCUGA